AUGGCAACCAUCACCUGCACCCGCUUCACGGAAGAGUACCAGCUCUUCGAGGAACUGGGAAAGGGAGCCUUCUCCGUCGUGCGCCGCUGUGUGAAGGUGCUGGCCGGCCAGGAGUAUGCCGCGAAGAUCAUCAACACCAAGAAGCUCUCAGCCAGAGACCAUCAGAAGUUGGAGCGCGAGGCCCGCAUCUGCCGCCUGCUCAAGCACCCCAACAUCGUCCGCCUGCAUGACAGCAUCUCCGAGGAGGGACACCACUACCUGAUCUUCGACCUGGUCACUGGCGGGGAGCUGUUUGAAGACAUCGUGGCCCGAGAGUAUUACAGUGAGGCAGAUGCCAGUCACUGUAUCCAGCAGAUCCUGGAGGCUGUGCUGCACUGCCACCAGAUGGGGGUGGUGCACCGGGACCUGAAGCCGGAGAAUCUGCUGCUGGCCUCCAAGCUCAAGGGUGCUGCUGUGAAGCUGGCGGACUUUGGCCUGGCCAUAGAGGUGGAGGGGGAGCAACAGGCAUGGUUUGGGUUUGCAGGGACCCCCGGAUACCUGUCCCCAGAAGUGCUGCGCAAGGACCCAUACGGGAAGCCUGUGGACCUGUGGGCCUGUGGGGUCAUCCUAUACAUCCUGCUGGUUGGGUACCCCCCAUUCUGGGAUGAAGACCAGCACCGCCUGUACCAGCAGAUCAAGGCCGGCGCCUAUGAUUUCCCCUCACCAGAAUGGGACACUGUCACCCCAGAAGCCAAGGACCUCAUCAACAAGAUGCUGACCAUCAACCCGUCCAAACGCAUCACGGCCGCCGAGGCCCUCAAGCACCCCUGGAUCUCGCACCGGUCCACCGUGGCCUCCUGCAUGCACAGACAGGAGACCGUGGACUGCCUGAAGAAGUUCAAUGCCAGGAGGAAACUGAAGGGAGCCAUUCUCACCACCAUGCUGGCCACCAGGAACUUCUCUGGAGGGAAGAGCGCGGGGAACAAGAAGAGCGAUGGCGUGAAGAAAAGAAAGUCCAGUUCCAGCGUUCAGUUAAUGGAAUCUUCGGAGAGCACCAACACCACCAUUGAGGAUGAAGACACCAAAGUGCGGAAACAGGAAAUUAUAAAAGUGACAGAGCAGCUGAUUGAAGCCAUAAGCAAUGGAGAUUUUGAGUCCUACACGAAGAUGUGCGACCCCGGGAUGACGGCCUUCGAACCCGAGGCCCUGGGAAACCUGGUCGAGGGCCUGGACUUCCAUCGAUUCUAUUUUGAAAACCUGUGGUCCCGAAACAGCAAGCCCGUGCACACCACCAUACUGAACCCCCACAUCCACCUGAUGGGCGACGAGUCGGCCUGCAUCGCCUACAUCCGCAUCACGCAAUACCUGGAUGCGGGCGGCAUCCCCCGCACCGCGCAGUCGGAGGAGACCCGCGUGUGGCACCGCCGGGACGGCAAGUGGCAGAUCGUCCACUUCCACAGAUCGGGGGCGCCCUCGGCCCUGCCGCACUGAAGGACCGGGCAGGGGUCACCGUGUGGCUGCGUGGCAGAGACCCACUCUUUGUUCGUGGAAUGUGGCUGCUGGUUCUCCCACUUGGAUUUUGCUGGAAUUCACCCCAUCUCACCCCACCACCGCCGCCGCCGCCACCACCAUUGGCACCCCCGUACCUGCAUCAAGAAAACCUGCUUGUCCACACGGCCAUCCCGACUUCAGGUCCCCCGCGCCCACCUCUCACUCUCGCUCCCUCCGCUGUGGGGGCAGGGCUGCCUCAGGCCUGGGUGUCCGGGCUGCUGGCCCCAAGGGCUCCCCAGCCCCACCCCCACCCCUGCUGUUGGCUGCUGGCCUUGCCUUGGCUGUUGGCUGGGACACCCCUCAGCUGUGUGUCCACAAGGGCUGGGGGGAGGGAGGCGCGCAGUGGCAAGGAAGGGGCAGCGGCCCACCCAUCUCGCAGCUCUCUCCUCUUCCAGGGGCUCCGGGGUAGGGCAAUGAACCCCACCCCAGUCCCUGGAAGCAGCUCCCUGCAGAAGAGAGUGGGCAGCUGCCAAGAGCCCCUGCCUCAAACCGCCUCCCUACCUCUCCCCCGCCGGCCGACCUCGCGGUGGCCGCCCACCCACGCCCCCGGUGGGAGCAGUGCCACCCUCUCAGGUGCCCCACUCGCCGCCUCCUCCUCCGCCUUCCAGAGCUCGCCUGCCCCCUCCUGGCCCCGCCCCCGGUCACCCUGUCCCCGGCAGCCUCGUCUUGCUUGGGGGGCACAGAACACAGCGUCUCUGUAACGUGUCACUCCCACUCGGACCGCAUGCCUUUUUCUAGCCAAAUUCUGUGUAUUUCGUAAAGGGAUCUCGCGUUAAUGGCUAUCUGUGCUAAUUACACCUCUGAAACCUUGUGAGGAGGACUGGGCUGG